AUGUGCGCCUCUAAAACCACUGCCUACACCUUCAGGGAUAUAGACAUGAGUCGUGGUGCUGGCGAGGGCGGAUGCGCGACGCCCCUCCACUGGGGCCGUGUGCAACUCACACAUAGACUACAGUCGCACGCUGCCCUCGCGCAUCAUUCGAACAUAGCGCACCGCAGUCUCGGCAUCUCAGCCCUGAACUGUAAACGCGUCCGGGAGCUUCAUCCCGCACCGACUUCGACGAACAGGAUAAGUUAA